AUGCCGCCGGUCACUUCGCCUCGGCGGGCGAAUACGGCAAGUGUGCAAGACAUCGUUCCGAUUUUGAAAGCUAGCUUGCCCGCCGAUUUGGAUGCAGAGUUCAAAUAUCCGCAGAGCAUAGAAAAGUUCAUCGAAGACUUCGAGAGCUUGUUGCGACAGCUGAUUGCUGUGACCCCCCGUGUGACACAGACCUUGGUUGAGCAGGGCUUGCUCAGCAGCUUCCAGAAUCUGGAUGGUACGUUUGCAACAGCACUUGCGAAGCAGAUCUCUGGAGCCUCGGCCCAUGUCUUUCAAAAGUUAAAGCAGACCACUUCGGGAAAGAAGCUGCCGGAUCCAUUGGUUCGCCUCAUUCAAAUUGCGAGGCAGCAUUUCGACCGUGAUCGGUCGAAGUCUGCUAGGAAUGUGAAGAUUCAGAAAAAGGACGGGUUCUUCGCGAGGGAAAAGAAAGUCCGAACGCUGAAGAAGAUGGAAAGUGAGGCUAGUGCUCCUGCUCCCGAAAGGAAGCAGGAGCAAGGCGAUGCUCAUGAUGACCCUGUGGAUGAGAUAGCCAGGCUGAGAGCUUUGUACAGUCUGCCUGCCGGUAAGGGCUCGACUAGCAGCCGCUCUCUUGAGAUUUCCUCCGACGACGAGGAGGUCGAGAUGAUCCAGCCGGUUGCUGCUUCGACGCCGGUGAAGGUACACGUGAAGCCGGCGGCCAAGAGCCCCAGCAAGCGGCAGAGGCCCCUCCGGGCCUGCUCGAGUGGAUCGCUGCAAGGCAUGCAGCAUGCGACCUCCGUUCCGGCAGCGGUCAGGAAGACUACGGCGAACUAUGUCUUCAUGAAUGCUGAGUCCGGGCAGAUCGUCCGAAACGUCUCUGGGGCAGAGCAGGUUGCGGAUGAGGUGAGGUAUGGCAAGAAGGGCUUCAUGCAAGCGAGGUUUGGGCCUGAUGAUUGGUUGGAUACCAGUGUGGCUAACAUCACUUACAAUAUGCGGCAGAAGACUCUGAAGGCUGAUACGAAGGAGCCUGCAGCUCCUUUGCAGAGGUGUCGGGGAAAGAAGGCGGCUGACAAAGCUGCUGCGAAAGCUUCUGCUCCCAAGGGCAAAAGCAAAGCAAAGGCGGGAAAGAAGGCAAAGGCAAAGGCCAAGUCUCCUGCGGGUCCGGCCGGCAGCGAGCCGGCUGCAGAUCCUUCGGGCGAUGCAGGAGUGGAGGCGGCGGAUCCGGAUGAGGAAGUGCUCGACACGAGCAUUCCGCCUUGCUACCGCUUCAUGAACUAUGGCGGCUCCCAUAGGCCUCCUGAAGUUCGUCUUCAUGAUCGGUGCUGGGGGGAAGCGGCGACGAAGGAGGGUUCAGAUCGGGUCGUUCAGAUCCAAGGAAGCAACCAACGAGCAAUUGGUGGAAGCCGCUGA